AUGAAAACGCACCACGACGUGUCACUCAAAAAGAGUCCGGUUGGAGACUCGAGCAAGGGAGCAACGCAGUGGGAGAGAGGCAGAGGAGAGGGGGCGCUGCUGAUCAGUGGGAUCCUGCCAAUCCUGGCCCUGUCUCUGAAGCCUCUCACUGUGCUGACCGCAGAGCUGGUGGCUGAACUCGCCAAGGAAUCUGUGGUCCGUAAAGGUUUCAGCGACGCGGGUUUGGUGACGGCUUUGCCGUCUGUGCUGACCGGUCCGGACCAAGAACUGCUCCUUCACGCUGUGAAAGGCAUCUCACGCACGUCUUAUGACACGAAGCUGCAGGAACUGUUGCUGCGCCGAGGUGCGGUGCCUCGUCUGGUCGCCAUCCUGCUCCGCUUCCCUGACCAGGAGGCCCUGGAGGAAGUGUGCCUUCAGGCCCUCUGCAACCUCAGUGGCAUGGGGGUCUGGGAGAGGGGAACGUCUGUGAGGCCGGGGGAGUCCGUCUUUCAUGGCGUCUCACCUCACGCCUGCGGUUUGGCCUCCUCUGUGACUCAGGUGUGCGCGUCUCAAUGGGCGCCGGGUCAGUACGCGGUCAACGUCGAGGUUUCCCAGCGCUGCUCCGCCUCUUCCUGGAGCCUCCACGGCAGCAAACGGACGGCUCGUUGGUUCUCGUGCUUCAGCUUGGGACGCUGCUCCAAUCUGUGCCAGCUGAUCAAAGUUCCGCCAACCAAAAGUCUGAAGGCACGCGUGUUCCACACGUUCCUCUGACAGCCCAAAUACUGCAAACUGACCUAACUGGCACACACGAUUACUGGUACACGCCCACACAUCAGGGGGAUGGUUACACAGCAGGAACCUGGACAUAUAAAAAAUGCUAAUUCUUCCAGAUGUCUCAGUUUAUUCCUGUUUUUUAUGCUUUUGUUUUUCAUUUGUUUACAUUUUGACUUUACACACACCUGCUAAAUGUAAUAUACAGUCAGUUGCAGCUUAUUUCAGCGAUCAUGGGAUCCUAUGCAACGCAGAGCUGUUUGUGUUGUGCAAUAGUUGAAUCCAGGAUGAGGCAAAUGUUAAAUAUCAGUGAAAGUUAUGAAUCAUGAACAUCUUUUCGAAGAUUAUAAUAAUGUCAUUUCUGUUGAUUUGUUCA